AUCAGCUUGGGGAGGGAAUGUGGAGAAACCUCCGUGAGGAAAAUGCGCGCGAAGUGACGCGACACGCGCCGCUCUACAAGUGCUCUGACUAUCUUCCACGAACAGCGCGAGAAGCGGGGCGCGAAAACGACUCGCCCUUUUGAGGGGACAAACAUGACUGUGGUGCCCGGGGAGAACCUCGAUGAGACUGUGGCAUUGGCAGCCCUGUCCCAAGAUGUUUACGACCCUGAACGGGCAGACCAGGAGUGUUGCGAGCGGGUGGUUAUCAACAUCUCCGGGUUGCGCUUCGAAACCCAACUAAAAACACUGGCGCAAUUCCCUGCCACCUUACUCGGUGACCCCAGGAAAAGAAUGCGCUUCUUCGACCCUCUGAGGAACGAGUACUUCUUUGACAGGAACCGACCGAGCUUUGAUGCCAUUCUCUACUACUAUCAGUCUGGAGGCAGGCUGAGGAGACCCGUCAAUGUUCCUGUGGACAUCUUUAUGGAGGAGAUCAAAUUCUACGAGUUAGGAGAAGAAGUCAUUGAGAAUUUUAAGGAGGACGAGGGUUUCAUCAAGGAGGAAGAGCGACCUUUGCCCGAAAACGAGUUUCAGAGACAGGUCUGGCUGCUGUUUGAGUACCCCGAGAGCUCUGGACCCGCGAGGGGCAUCGCAAUAGUCUCGGUGCUCGUAAUUUUGAUAUCAAUUGUCAUCUUUUGCUUGGAGACUUUACCAGAGUUUAGGGAGGACGGGAAAAUGUACGAGGAGCACCUCACAUUCAAUGGAACUGCUAGUUCAAAGAAGCCCAAUCCGUUCACAGACCCCUUCUUUAUUGUGGAGACCCUUUGUAUAAUCUGGUUCUCCUUUGAAUUGCUCGUGAGGUUUCUCGCGUGCCCAAGCAAGCCCGCCUUCUUCAAGAAUAUCAUGAACACAAUCGACAUCGUGGCUAUUAUUCCCUACUUCAUCACCUUGGGUCUGGAGUUGGCCGAGCAUCAGGGCAACGGCCAGCAGGCGAUGUCUCUGGCCAUCCUGAGGGUCAUUCGCUUGGUGCGGGUGUUCCGCAUUUUCAAGCUUUCCAGACACUCGAAGGGGCUUCAGAUCUUGGGCAAGACCCUGCAGGCGAGCAUGCGGGAACUGGGUCUCCUCAUAUUCUUCCUUUUCAUUGGGGUUAUACUGUUCUCCAGCGCCGUGUAUUUCGCCGAGACAGACGACCCCGACUCGGGGUUCAGCAGCAUCCCCGAUGCCUUCUGGUGGGCAGUGGUUUCCAUGACAACUGUGGGCUACGGGGACAUGUGCCCAGUCACCAUCGGUGGCAAAAUAGUGGGCUCUUUAUGUGCCAUCGCUGGUGUGCUCACCAUUGCGCUUCCAGUGCCCGUCAUUGUGUCCAAUUUCAAUUACUUCUAUCACAGGGAGACCGAGCACGAGGAGCAGAUGCAGUACACGCAUGUAACAUGUGGCCAGCAGCAAACCUCGUUUGGUGAAUUUAAAAGGAGUGACAGCAAAGCGUCCCUUUCUAAAUCAGACUAUUUGGAUUCAGAGGAUGGAGAUUCAGUCAAGUACACCAACUGCAGCCCCCAUAAAGCAUACACAGGGAAGCUUACUGAUGUAUGAAUGUAGAACGCCAACAAUUAUAAACCCAAAGAAGCGCACCUUUCUCUGUGAGUACAUCCUCAUCCCUCGCGCUGGCUUGAGUAGAUCUGUGAGGAACAACACUUCAUUUGGAAACGACUACCGUGGAUUUUACUAUGACGUGAUGUGCGAUUGUUUUCUAAACUGUCUUCCAUUGUUGUGAUAGUAGAUCGAAGCGCGAGACGUAGUUAUAUAGGCGCAAAAAUAAAAAGAGAAUUAAAUAGAACGUAUGUUAAUAUAUAAGCAAGCCCAAUUAAAUCCACGUGUAGCACUUUAUUCGUAUACUAAACUUAGUCCACAAAUUCGUUGGCGCGUGAUCUGUUAGUUUUUUCAGAAAUUUGGUGACAGUGCGAAACAGACGUUUACAUACAAAUCGCUAAUUUGAAAGAAAUAGUAGGACCAAUAUAUGUAACUUUUUUGUUAUUUAUUUAUGUUUUUCUAGAGAGGGCAGUUCAACUGCAAGGUCAUUUGGGGAAAAAACGGCUUGCCCCAGCUUAUUUAAAAUAUUAUUAUUACAAUAAUGUGUAACGUUAAAUUUGGAAAUUUGAGAAAUACAUAUCUCCGUGCUUUUUUGAGGACGAUCAGCAAACCAGCUUUGUGAUUGUUAAUUUUAGGAACACACUGCAUUUUCAGUUUGUCAUAAUAUCAGUGGCACUGAAUUAGCAUUGAAAGGUUAUGGCAUCUUAAAAUUACAUGAUAACAUUAUUCGAACUAUGUAGAAGCAGUUCAGGGAUAGACAACAUGAAGCUUCUUCAUUUCUUCAUAUUAUCAACAGAUGUGUAGGGGAUGAAUGAGGAGAGGCUCGAUUUCAACAAAGUGCGCUCAAAUCUGGACACGAGUUCUUUUUAAAAUACACUAGCGUUAUCUAGUGGACAAAGGUGGAAACUGCAGUCUUUAGGAUACUAAAUGUGUUUCCAUAGCAACUUUCCAGACGGUUCUGGUGACAUUGGGCUAUUAUUGUUCCCUUAAUUUAUUCACAUGAAAGAUGGCUUCUGGUGCUUUUAUUUUAAAACAAGGUACAUUCAUGAAUUCAGUUAAAUGAAAAAAACCAUCAACCCUCAGGUAGGCAGGUUUACAUUCUUAUUAGGCCUAGUUAAACUAAAAGAGCCAACAGAGGCUUAUCCAAUAUAUCAAAUGUGAAUACAAAGUAACAAUAUAACACCAUAUAGCCCAUAUCCGUAAAAAAUGGAGAAGUGUCUUCAUUUCUGCUCUGCAACAGCAUCAAGAGAGGAUCAUGAAUUCAGCACAAAAAGGGAUUCAUUAUGACGUCACUGUGAGAAAGGAAAAAUUCAUCUUCCCAUUGGCUGGACUAGGAGAAUCAACGCCUGCAAUGUCAGAAAUGGACUAACUGAAAAUGGAAAUAACUGCACAGAUUUCCGGACACACCACAUCAUCAAGUUUUUUUUUGUUUGUUUGUUGUUUGUUUGUUUUUAAACUCUCUGCUCCUUUAAUUGGAUUUUCACAUUAACAAGAAGAGUUCAGACAGGAAGAGGUACAGUCAUGAAAAUGGACUAACUGUCCUUCAGAUCUGCAUAUACAUGCAGCACAAUAUUGUCAAGGACAAUAUUAACCUUCACCAGAGCAGCACUACGUGGGACAAAACAAACUUAAUUUAAACCACAUUCACUUGUUCCUAUCAAAGGAAUUAUGCACAAUGUGUCUCAAAAGGAAUCAUAUUGUCAAAUCUGGAAUCUAACCAUGAGGAAAUGAGGACAACGUGGUGAAGAUAAAGAAGAUGCUUUGAAGCGCCCUGAGGUAGAAACUAUUUACUUGAAAUCACAGAGUACAUGCACAAACAAUUUGUGAGAUGCAUCUUGAUGUUUAUCUGCCCCCAAAACAACAUGCUACUGGGACAGGUGUGUGUGUGUGUGUAUGUACACGUGAAUAUGUUUUCAGACCAGCAGUAUGUCACGUUUAAAUGUUACAGAUCAUGUGCUAUACCAAAACAUAUUAUGGCAUGCAUGGAAAGUUGGACAUGGAAUAAAUCUUGAUUAUUAUGUUAAUUUAUUAUUAUUUUCAACAAACUCAGUAGUCAUAUUAAGUGGGAACAACUAUCAAUGACAACAAAUUACUUGACUGUUGAGGUUAACAUUGUUAAAUAUCUAUUUUUUUAAAGUAUCAUAGGUUUUAUAUAAAAAUGGAAUCGGUUAAACUGGUGAAAGGUUAUUUUUCUAGUUUUUUAAAAUUUUGCUAAAUCAUUUUGAGUUUUCUUUCUUUUUUUCCACUCUGUUUAUUUUGCCUACAGUGAAAAGGAAAUGUGUAUACAUGUAGAAAUUCUGUCAUGAUUUCCUCUUGUAAUUGUUCAUGCAGUACAAACACUGAAACGCAAAGGUUGCUGCAGGUUUGUGUCUUUAUUUCUUUUAUGAUUAUUGAUAUAGUUUCAUAAUCACCCAUCACUGAAAGCAUCUACCUCACUGUCCUGAUUGGCUGUUUUACUGUGCAUAUACCUCACUGUGUUGAGUUACGUGAAGCAGUUCACAAGCCUUAUUUCUGGAAACAGCUCGAGCAUACAGCUUGUCGUGUUUCCCCACAUUACUGUCGGAUGUGUGUUGUCCUGACUUUGUCCAUUCUGGUUUUGGGCAAUCAUUCAAUCCAAAAAGUCAAGAAGAAUUACAGUGAUGUAAAGCUGGCAAGUAAAAACUAAUUUCAACAUGCCCCAAAACAAAAUGGUAACACUUUACAAUAAGGUGUCAUUUAUUAACAUUAGUUAAUGUAUUAACUAACAUGAACAAACAAUGAACAAUGCAUUUAUUACACUAUUUAUUAAUCUUUUUUAAUGUUAGUUAAUGAAAAUACAGUUGUUCAUUGUUUGUUCAUGUUAGUUCACAGUGCAUUAACUAAUGUUAACAAACACAACUUGUGAUUUUAAUAAUGCAUUAGUAAAUGCUGAAAUUAACAUUAACCAAGAUUAAUAAAUGUUGUAGAAGUAUUGUUCAUUCUUAGUUCAUGUUUACUAAUGUUGUUAACUAAUGUUAACUAAUGAACCUUAUUGUAAAGUGUUACCAACAAAAUAAAUAAUAGAUUGAAAUGUAUUUCCCCUGCUUUCGAAUGAUAGAGAUAUAUAGGCCUAAGAAGUUAAAAUCUAUAAAUAGAUUUUAGUAGCUAAAAUGUGGGAAGUUGCAAUGUGAUAGGGUUUAUAUGCUAAUGAUGAUACUUGAGAGAUGAUUGUACGACAGUAGAUUUUUCUAGAUGAAAUGUGUAUAUUAUGUAUAAUGUCCCUAUUUAAAUAAGUAAUUAUUUCAUUCAGGUUUGUUCAUGAGCACAAAUGUAUCCAUUUCUACUCCUGAAAUCCUGACUUUACCUGCAUACUGUAUGAAUAUCUGCAUCAUGUCAAAUGAAUGUCCAGCGUCCAGUAAAUAAUUUUGUUGUCUCUGUGCAUCAAAAAAACUCUGCUGCUUUGAGGUCUUCCAUGUGAAAGCAAGAUGCUUCAUAAUAAUUUCUUCACAUUGCCAUUUUUUUUAACUCUCUCAUUUCAUUUACAAGCUAGUUUUGAUAAAUAAGCAUGUGUUCUCUGCAUCUAUAUUGGACAUUACUACUGUUUAAAAAUAGGACAGACAGAGCAGUAAUUGUUGGCAUUGAUUCAUUUUAAUGGAUAGUUUAUUUAAAUUAAUUAAAUCGCUGAUUCAUUUGAGUCAUCACUCAAAGUUCUCAAAAUUAAAUUUUUGUAGCAGGCCUACAAUAUAGUUUAUACAAGCUUUUGCAAUACAGUCAUACAGUCUUAUUUUUCAAUUACAUUAUAUCAAUUGUGUCAAAUAUUGCAGAAACACAGACCCAGAGCAAUUCAUUUAUGAAUUAUAAAUCAUUAUGUUUGGUCCAUCAUUUCAUAUUUGGCAUAGACACAGUGUGUUAAUAUGAUCAUGUCAAUAUAAAUUGCACGGCUUUAAUCGUGUUUUACACAUGGUUUUCAUGUUGACUGCUGCCCAUUCGUUAGAUUUGAUAAGAGCUGUGAUACAAACAUUUACUUACUAACACAUUUUUGAGUAAUCCAUAGCAUGAAUGUAUCAUGCAGAACAAGCUAAGUUUUUAUUAUUAAACUGUAAUGAUCUAUAUGAAAGACCGCAGGGUAGGGGACACCAGAAACACCUGUCACAUACUGUAUAAGCCAAAGUGACACUUAUUCCACAUACACUCAGAAAAGAUCUUUCUCUAUCUGCUGUGAUAGUUUCUUUGAUUAGGAGGUAUUUAACUGAUUUCUUUGGACAUACAAUAUUUUAUAAAGUUUUGAUGAAUUCAAAGCAGGCCAAGUUGUUGACUGAGCUAACAUUAAUAAAUUCUAACACUGCCACUGGCAGCUACCAAACAGGAUUUUGCUAUGGCUGUGAGUUAAGAAACAGGUAUUGUAUGGCUUUUUAAUUUUUAAAAUAGAUAAUGAACAUAAUUUCUUCAUAAAAUAAAAAGUUAACUACCAGCUGCUGAAUUCAUCAACUAAUAAAUAUUGUUUAAAUAAAAUAACAUGGACAACAAUAGAUUUAGUUACUAUAAUAGAAUUAACAUCCACCUUAUUUAUUAGCAAAAGAGUAGGCGGAGCCAUUUUUAACCUGCAAGGCUUCCAGUGUCAGUAGCUUCCAGAUAUUUUAGCUGAACAAAAACAGUCUUGCUGCAAACUGGUAUUUGUUAUGAUAUUAUUUCAGUCAUCUUAAAGGUAUAGUUCACCCAAAAUUGAAAAUUCUCACCCUCAUGU